CUCUGAUGACUAUGUCAACUAGACAGUUGCCAUCAAAAUAUCAUGUGUUGAACACGAAGUAAAUUAUUAAAUUAUACGCGACAUGUUUUCUUUGAAACAAAAAAUAUCAUGAAUUUUAGAAGAAAACUAAUAUGGCGCAGAAUAUAUGUCAUGUUUUACUUUGUUUAAGUGUUGUGUGGCCGUCACUAUGUCUGGACGUAGAUCUGGAUACAGACUUCCCAGAAGAACGCUGGAUAUUCCGACACUCACAGCAGGACAGAAAGUAUGAAGGCGGAAUGCAAUGCGCCAAUAUACGUCCGUCAGCGAGAGAUAUUGUCAGGCGCUUUUAUGCGAUCCUGCCUUACUUCGACAAGGACCACACGAACACCGCAUUUCUCCACAAGUUCCGAGGUACGAUCUACAGCAUGUCCGACAGUGAAGACAUGCUGGAUCGGGAGGCUGGCUUCUAUGCUGCCGUGCUGACACCGCUGGUCUUCUUGCAGCAGUAUCGGGAUACCUGGUGCCUGUUGGAGCGGUUCCACAGGGCCAUACGACUGUAUCAGAUUUCUCACCCGACUGAAAAGAGGUCUGCCUUGAAAUUGCUGCAGAAUUUAAGAGCUGUUAAUCAAAAGAUCCGAGGGUUCAUAUUUGAUCUGCCAGGCCCAGAGCAAGCGGCUCGGACCACGUCAGCGCCCGACAGCGAGGAAGAUGACACAUUACAUGACAAGAAAGACAUUAGGUAUCUCAAAGAACUUAUUAAAAAUCUUGGCUGAUA